CGAUCAUCCGAAUCUUCCGGUCAAAACAAUGGUUCGAGGAAAUUUUAGAAGGAAAAGUUUAGACAGACAAGCUAUUGUUAAAACAUGUCCAAAUUGUGAAAAACAGAUUCCUGUUGCAUGUAAAACCUGUGGCUGUGGUCAUAAAUUUAUCACUAAAAGCAGGGCAAACUCAUUACCAAGUGUGAAAACUGAAGAUGAAGAUAGUAGUAUUGUGAAGAUAAGAAGAACAGAGAGAACAAGAAGAGAGAGACCAGAUUAUUUCAAUCCUCUUUUACUAGAAAAUGCUGUUAAAAGACCUAGGAAAAAGUCACAGCCUUCAACAACUACACCAGUGAAACCCGAAGAACCCCCUUCUGAUGAACCCCCUAAAAAGAAACGUGGAAGACCCAAAGGUGCCCCAAAUAAACCCAGAAGUCAAUUAUUAGAUACAAAUAAAUUGAUAAAAGAAGAAUCAGAUUAUGAAGAAGAUAAAAUUGAAAAUGAAAAUGAAGUCGAAGAAGAGGAGGAAAUAGACAUGUAUGCAGAUAUGCCACAAGAAAGAAUGAAACAAUUCAGUUUUAUAUUGGGUGAUCUAAACAGGAAGUUCCUUGGCCAAGGGACACAACCCAGAUGAAAACAAUAAAAUAGUGUUAGAAGAAAAACAACCUGAAAAGACUGAGCUAUUCAUGCAGGACAUGAAUGAACAUUGAGAAUUGAAAAAAAAACAUUUUAAUUGUCUGGAAUAAUUUGCCUUCAAAGGGUAGAAAAAGAUGUUGUACAUCAGUAUUUUACCAAGAAUAUAUAAAAAUAAAAUAUUCU